UAACCGCUACCGUGAGCCUGUCCAGCUCUCACUGCGCCUGUUCGGGGAGGUAGUGGAGUGCACUGCGGAGCUGACCUCACCCUUCCCCGCAACUGCCUCGAGGAUAACCAGGACAUACAUGAUGAAGGCUGUUCCAGUCCGUUUGGGGAUCUUUUUCGGGAAUUGUUUUGCAUUACGCAUGCGAGAAUCAAUCAACUACAGUUCCCACUAGUUAUCGGCACUUCUACGGAAAUCUAUGACGCACAAGCAACUUUAAUAUUGAUAUUAUAUUUAUUUCUAAAUGUUUUCAUAAAACAUGCGGAUGGUAGGGUGUGAGCCGAGGUAACCUGGUAUCUUUGUCAAUUAAACAUUCCCAGCAGUUAUGGCACUUGUGUCUAAAUAUCGAACUAUACAUGCUGACUUAUCUGGAAGGCUUUCAUGUUAGCCUUUAUCUGAGAGGAUGCGGAGGAUCCUUCUCCCCGGGUCCUCGGUGUCCUCUCUGCCGCCGUAAUGGCUUGCCGGAGAGGCUGCUGCUUCGGCGCGAUGAACGAUGAUAACGCGCGGUUCCUAAUGCUAGCGGUACUGAUCAUGCUGUAUCUGCUGUGCGGCGCGGCGGUGUUCUCCGCGUUGGAACAACCGAAGGAGCGGCAGGCCAAAGAGCGGUGGGCGCAGCGAUUCGAGAACUUCACCCAGAAGCACAACCUCACCCGGACCGAUUUGGAGACCUUUCUCCGGUUCUACGAGGAGGCGAACGUCGCCGGUAUCCGCGUGGAUACACUCAGACCACGCUGGGAUUUUACCGGCGCUUUUUACUUCGUGGGGACCGUUGUGUCGACCAUAGGAUUUGGCAUGACCACCCCGGCCACGGUCAGCGGCAAAGUCUUCCUCAUCUUCUACGGCCUGAUCGGCUGCGCCUCUACCAUCCUCUUCUUCAACCUCUUCCUAGAGCGUAUCAUCACGGUGCUCGCCUUCGUCCUCAAGUCGUGCCACGGGCUGCAGCAUCAGCGUCAGGGCGUGGUGCCCCACGAUGGCCGCAGGGAGACGUCACUGCCAGGACCCAGAGAUAGAGACAGGGACAUUCUGUCUGGAUGGAAGCCUUCAGUGUACUAUGUGAUGCUGAUUCUCUGUGUGGCCGCUGUGGUGAUCUCCUGCUGUGCAUCGGCCAUGUAUUCAGCGGUGGAGGGGUGGGGCUAUCUGGACUCGCUGUACUUCUGUUUUGUGGCGUUUAGCACCAUCGGGUUCGGGGACAUGGUGAGCAGCCAGAGGGUCGCGUACGAUGGGAACCAGACAGCCUACAGACUGGGGAACUUCCUGUUUAUAUUGAUGGGCGUCUGCUGUAUCUACUCGCUGUUCAACGUCAUAUCUAUCGUCAUCAAGCAGACUCUUAACUGGCUGCUGAGGAAGCUGGGCAUUCUCUGCUGCCGUUGCUGCUCCGCCGGGAUCGGGAAGAGACUCCGGCCUCGCCGGAACGCCGUGAUGCCCAGCAGCACUGGACACGGACACCCCCGGGCGCGGCGGACUGUCUCCAUAGAAACGGACGCGGUGAACGAGAGCGAGACGGAUGGAGGCCGGCGGAUGUCUGGGGAGAUGAUCUCCAUGAGGGACUUACUGGCGACCAAUAAGGUGAACCUGGCACUGAUGCAGAAGCAGCUGUCGGAGGCAGCAACCAAUGGGAUCCCUCGGCCGUCCGUCUCCAACCAAAACAGACUAAAUGGAUUUUCUGGAGGAGUGGGAGCGCUGGGCAUCAUGAACAACAGGCUGGCUGAGACCAGUGUCAACAGAUGACUAUUACAAUACUCAUCAUAAUAACUUUGUUACUUGUACUGAAAAUAAAUAAAGUGCUUCACAUCAUAAAAUAACCUAAUAAAAGUACUAAGAAAGAAACAAAAAGCCAGGAGGAAGAGGAAUAAAAACAAGACGAUAAUUAGUCAUCUUCGUGGUUGUCCUCUUUAGCUCAGUUGGCAUGGUGAUUGCAAUGUCAGGAUAUUGGGUUUGAUUCCCGGGACCACCCAUAUCUAAAAUAUGUUUUGGAUAAAAGCAUCAGCUAAAUGACAUAUAUAUAUAUAUAUAUAUAUAUAUUCACACUGGAGGUCCACAAAGAUACCUACACAUCAUACAGAGAUGUAUCAUCAUUAAAACAGAAGUCAAUCACUGUGAAAAUAUAUACGCUGCUACCGCCGCCACCGUCUCUCAAAACCAUGUGUUGACGUCUCAAGAACACGUGAUCCGAGAGACAAACUGGAAGUGCUCACUAAAGGAUGCGGUGUGGGUCCAAAAGUUUAAGACAGGUCACAGUUGGAAAAGGUUUUGGAACGGAGCCAAUGAUGUCGCCCAUUCUGGACAUGAUCCACAAAGAACUAUACUGAAAUAAUAUAAACAUGCAACAAUUUCAACGAUUUUACUGAGUUACUGUUCAUAUGAAGGAAAUCAGUCCAUUGAAAUAAUUUACAUAAAUGUUCAGACCCAUUACUAUGAGACUCGAAAUUGAGCUCAGGUGCAUCCCAUUUCCAUUGAUC